AUGGAGCCGCUGCAUGCCUCCGAGGGCCCGGUAUCGCCUUCGCGGUGGCGUGUGUUGGAUGCGGAGCUGCACGGCGCCUUCUUCGCCAUGGAGGCACGCCGACAGCAGCGGCAAGCAUAUGGCAGGCACAUCGCCCGUGGGGUGUGGUCGGCCAUCUCAGAGGUGGCAAUGUUCCUGGGCUUCACGCUCUAUGGCCUGGCGAAGGUGCGAUCGCGGCUGCUUGGCCCACCACAGGAGAACCUGCGCUACCUGGCGUUACCCGUGGUGCUCACGCUCGGCAUCACAGGCGUCUCGCUGAACAGGUCAGUGAGCGUGCGUGACAACCUUCCGCUCCUUUGGGGCAAGACCUGGAUCGCGCUCUUGGUGGUGUGGGAGCUCUGGUUGUACGAGCCGGCAUCUUCGGUAUGCCCAGGCCAAGCGACGGAUCCGACCUUCUUCAUAACCACGCAGGAACAGAUUGUUCUUGCUGUCUUCCUGAGCUUGGAGGCGGUUACUCUGGCUGUCUGGGCUGUGCAGAAGACUUACCCAUACUUGGCAACCUUCUGUCGCACCCCGCUGGCCCUGCGCUUCUUCUGGCGGGUGCGGACUUCGACGUGCAGGGGGGAGGGCUGGUUCAGCUACUUGCCGAAUGGCUGCUGCUGCAGCCUCCGGCGCAAGCACUUCAAGUACAGUGGGGAUCAGGACUACAGCCAGCUGCCGCAUGGUCACGGCACCUGGCAGGAUGACUCCUACCACGGCGAGGUCUACGAGGGCUGCUGGUCUCGCGGACGACCUUUUGCGCCCUUCAUCUCCAGGUGCUUUGGCACCGGUGCCAUCUCCUGUGGUGUCAAGGUGGGCUAUGGCACCGUGCGCGCCGAGGAGGAGCUCUCGCAAGUCUUCUGCCGGCCGCAGCGAGCUAUCGACGGCAGAUUCCGCUUCGGCUCGCUCGGCGUGGAAUGCUCCGCCUCGGGUGGCUUCAUGGCGCACCUUCCGCAGCGAGUCGUCGAGCAGCACGCCUGCUGCGACGAUGCGGAGCGCCUGGUCGCCGACCUCCGAGGCUCCGUGCCGCGACCGCGCCUGUCGGAGAUGGAUCUCCUCAUGGGAGGCGACGAUACGCGUUCCGCCACUGCCUCCUUCUGCUCCGACAUCAGCGACUCGCAGACGGCGUUUGUCUUUGUGCACGGCUACAACUGCCCCACUGACUGGGCGUGUCUUCGCCUGGCCCAGCUGAUGACCUUGGGCAAGUUCAGCCCAAGGUUUUUGCCCUUCGUUUUCUCUUGGCCGACGGGCGGCAUCCCUUCAUUUUUCCAUGUCCGUCGCCAGAUGCACCAAUUCGCCCCUGACCUGGCCGAGUUCCUCAGCAGGCUGCACCAAGCCGGCAUCCAGGAGUUCCACGUCAUGGCCCACUCCAUGGGCUGCGAGCUCGUUUGCGCUGCGCUGGACGAAUUGGAACGCCUACCUGGACGAGGGCGCCCAGGAACAACUGGAGGCACGGAUGACACUCCGCCUGUGAAGAUCAAGACGAUCUCCUUCUGCAACCCAUCCUGCCCCCUCAACGAGUUCGUCGAGGGUUCACUGGCCCGGCUCACCGCGCUCUGCGAGCGGCUGACGCUCUACGUGGAUCGGGAGGACACUGCACUGUGGGCCGGCGAGGUCCUUGGCGGUCGCGGCCGGGCGCUCGGCCGAUGGGCGCAUCCGCUGCCUAGCGUAUUCGACCCUUUUCUUACCCCUAAGAUCGACGUGGUGGAUUGCACGUCUAUGGAUGCCAACGUGAAUGGCAUCCGGCACAGCUACUUCGACCUCAACGCGCACCUUGUCAGCGACUUGCACGAGUUGGUCUCCAAGGCCACGCCUGCUGCACGGCGCCGCGGCCUCGUUCGAACAGCGGUGAGCUCACGCAGCAACGUCUUCUCCUUCUUGGCACCGCCGGUCUUUGUCAACUGGUGA